CUCCCCAGUCAGCUGACUGCUUCAUCCAGCCCUUUGCUCACUUGCGAGUCCCGGUCGCCUCAAGUGUGAGAAAUGAAGGCCCCUCCCGCAGCCCCACCCAGCGCUCAGCACAGCACCUGAGACGCACCUGGCUCGCACGUUGCCCGCGGCCUCCGGCCCCUUGGACAGGUACGGCCUCUCCGCCAGCAUCACCGCCCGCCCUGCGGCUGGAUGGAGCCUGCGAGUGGCUGCUUUUCUCGAAAGGCUUUAUCAUUUUAAUGUGAAAUAAUACAUAGUCAUUAUAAAAAUGUUAAACAUAAUAAAAAAGCCCAAAUCCCAACACCCCCCCUAUGACGUUAGUUAUAUUGGAGAAUCAUCAUUCGGGGCGGUCUACAUCCGUGAAUCCACAGCGAGAGGAGUGGCUGGCUGGGACACGGAGGUUCUGAACACGGCCAUUCUCACCGGAAAGGUUGUUUCGGUUCCCGUCAAGGUCGUGGCCGUUCAAGAGGACGGUUCGGUGGUGGACGUGUCGGAGGCUGUGGAAUGCAGGUCUGCGGAUGAAGACGUCGUCAAGGCAGCUGGGAAACAAGGAGCACAAGCCCAGCUUCGUGAUCUCUGAGCAUCUGGAUGAAGCAAAGGUCGCCUCCUGUUUCCCAAAAACCUUGCACGGAGCCUUCUUGGUACACAGCCUGUUUUCCAAGGCUCAAUCCCUCGUGAUCCCAGCAUGGCAGUCUCCCAUCCAGGUGUCACAUCCUCCAAAACUGUAUAUACAGCAGGAAGGCACAGGACGGUGGCAGGAAGCUCUUUACCCUGUAGUUUUCCUCGUGCAAUGAUACCGCUGCACCUACACCUUGUCAACAAGUGGCCGUUCGUAGAAGCUGCUAAGAAAACACAGGGAUGGAAUGAGCAGCUUUGCUUCCACUCCUACAGGGACCAGGGAUGCGUGUUGCUCUUCUCUGAGUAACAGGACGUUCUACACCUGAAUCUUCCACAAGUUUCAAGGGAGGAGGGUGCACAGGCAAACACAGCAUCCUACCCCUGACCACCACCGUCAUCUCCACCACACCUGCCCUUCUUAUUCUUCAAGGCCUCCUAGCGUAUCACGAACUCAAGCCCGAGGGUGAGGGGCGCGGACUUUGCCUCCCUUGGAACUUGGGGAAGCCACACUGUCCCUAAAGCCUGACAGCGUCCAGACUGUGAGCUCUAGCCUCUGGAUCUGAGACCUGCCCAUUGCUGAUGGCCCCAUGACCUCAGGCCUGCCCCCAAUCCUCCCUUGACCUCUCAGUUUCUUCACCUCUAACUUCUGGAUCCUAUAGUUGACAAUAUUCAGAUGCCAGCUGGAAAUAUCUAUCCUGGUCAUUUUUGGUAGGCAAUAGCUAUAGAGAGACAACUGGUAAAGUGAGUAUUUUAACUGUGCAAGAGUUAACUGGAUGUGUCAACACGACUGGGCCAUGGCCGGGGCGGGGGACCAGAUAAAACAUUGUUUCUGGGUGUUUCUCUGAGGGUGUUCACGGGUGAGAUUAGCCACGGAAUUAGUGUCUCUGUAUAUGGCCCUCCCCAGUGUGGGUGGCCAUCGGCCAAUGUUGAGGGCCUGAAUACAGCAAAGGGCCCCUUCCUGCCCGCCUAAGGUUCACCUGAGACACCUUUUUCCCCUGCCUUGGACUGGACUUACAUUUAGGUUCUCAGGCCAUCAAACUGUGACUUGAAUCACCCCAACUUUCCUGGGUGUCCAGCCUGCAGACCUAAAACUAACCCUAACCCUAACCCUAACCCUAACCCUAACCCUAACGUUAACCCUAGCCCUAACCCUAACCCUGCAAAUCUUGGGGCCUCUCAGCCUCCACCAUCAACUGAGCCAAUUUCUCAUAGUAA